GGAUUCCUGCAAGCAAUUUGUGUAAUUGCCCGGUUUCAAGGCGUGCGUGUCCAAAUACCAAAAAAUCUAAAAAUUAAAAUUGUUCUUAAAUUACGCACAGUCAAUCCACAUUGUGUGAGCCGGAGCGUAAAAGUUUGCCAGUUCUGUUGAAGACUCUGGCAAAGUAACACGAUGUAACAACAUGCUUCGUUUACUCUUCGUAAUAUUGACAGUACAAACGUGCCUCAGCACGCAAGAAUUGCAUCCAAAGUGUUGUGACAGUGCUAGUGUUUUAAGAAAAAUUGACUCGGGUUAUAACUGCACCAAGGAUUUGGACCAAAGGACUCAAAUUCGGACAAACGGCACGAAUUUUAUAGAAAGCGACGAAUCGGGGCUUUGCAUUGAUGUGGAAAAUUCGGUGGCGCUUUUCCAAACCACUGAGGGAAAUUUGAGCAAAGUGCGGGACCUAUCAGAUGCUGGAUUUUACCCCAAGUGUUGUCCGCUUGAUUAUUUCUACAACAGGACGACCCAUGGUUGUGUCAAGUCCAAUGAAAUUUUAGAGCCCUUUUUUCGGGAAAAAUUUGUCACAGUUGGACUUCCACACUGCAAAGUUAUUAUAGACAUACCUACGAAGAGCCAAAACGUGCAACCCUUUCUUGAAGAACGCAAAAUUAAAAAAGGAUCGUAUUGUCUUGACCAGGACCAAAACAAGCAAUUUGUUUUAAGGAUAUGUUACGACAACUAUGAUGUUUGUGACAGGAUCAGGUGUAUUAGGAAGUGUUGCCCAGAUGGGCAAAGUUUCAUCAAUGGGUCCAAGUGCCACAACACUUUUGUCCAUGGCUUGGACCUUUCGGCGUUUUCGGGAAACAUGGAUAAUGUCAAUGGCAGUUUUGCGAUAGUUCACGAUGGCUACAAUUCACCCUUAUAUCCACUUAGCCCACAAACCAUGGAGUUUUAUCUCGAUGCGAAGGGAGUGUUCCGAAUGGAGGAAAAAGACGAAUUCGUUGGGAAAAUCAAUGUAACCAAGGAGUACAAAGUGGACGAGAACGGAUACUGCAUGGAACAUGCACUGAAAGGCUCCAGGAAUAAUUAUUUCAUCUUCCGGAAAUACCCGGACCAGAAGGUCCAAACGAAAUAUGUUUACACGAGUAUCGCUAUGAUUAUUUCAUGCGUUUUUCUCGUAUUAACAAUACUGUAUUACUGUUUUUCCAACGAGAAACAAACCCUCUUUGGCAAAACCUUGAUCAGUUAUUGCUUCACCUAUCUUCUCACUUUUCUUCUCUUAAGCUACUUCACUCUUGUGGAGUUUGCCAAAGGCCAUUAUCAGACGACUUGUAGUGUUUUCGCUUUUUUCGUCCUGUACGCAACCCUGGCCACGUUCUUUUGGAUGAAUAUUUUGUGCAUCGAUAUCUAUUGGACUUUUGGAUCCUCUAAAUCCUUUUCGAGUCGUCAACACAGGAACAAGGAGUUGAAGCGAUUUAUUUUGUACAGUUUGUACGGCUGGGGUUCUCCUCUGGUUUUAACCGCAAUCCCUUUGAUUUUUUACCAUGUGGACGUCCUACCGUCUGCACUCCAAGUGAUAAUAAGCGAGAAAAAGUGCGUUUUGUACAGGGGAGACGGCAAAUAUGCCAACUUUUUGUUCUCGACGAUACCUUUGACGAUCCUGGAAAUAUGCAACCUGACCCUGUUUAUUAAAACUGUGAUGUACUGCUUGAAAGUCAAAAAAGAAAUCAAUAAAAUGAACGACACGCAAUUAAUCAAAGGCGAACGAAGCCAGAAAUUGAACAACUUUCGCGAUAGGUUCGGCUUGUUAUUGAAACUAUUUUUAAUAAUGGGAAUCUCGUUUUUGUUCGAAGUGGUGUCGGGCUUUUAUGACUUCAAGAAGAGUGAGACCACGAUUAUGGUUGAGUUAAUUUGGGAUACGUUCAACUGUCUGCAAGGACUGUUUAUUUUCCUGAUUUUCAUUGUCAAGAAGCGCAUUUUUAAAAAGUUCGAGAAAAAAGUCGGUUUGACGAAAUUGAGAAAAUUCUCGUUUGUUUCUUCAGCCGUGACGCAAACUACGUCACUUCCAACGUUGAAUAAACAGUGAUUUUUUGAGACUGGAUGAGGUGGAAAUAUUUCUGUAAUUUUCUCUCUUGUGUGUGAAAGGUAGUACAAUUAAUGUUAACUUAUUUGCGUAUUUAUUGUGAUCGAAUUUUACCCAAAGAUAUUUAUGGCCUAAGAUAUAUUUUUGUUAACGUAAUAUUAAUGUGUACGAACAUCGCCCUCAUUGUUUAUUUGUUGUGGUGACCCAAAUCCUGUUACCCUAUCUAAAUAAAUGUAAAAUAUAAAUAAA